CCCAGCAGCAAGGCACCCAUGCUCUCCGGUGUAUACACUGUCUUCCAAUGAUGGCCGGUGAAAACUAGACCAGGCACACUCUCUUCUGUGAGGGGGGGCGUGUGACACUGUGCCGCGUACUAUUUGACUACCUACGCAUCUAACCACAUCUAACACGGCAGUGCAGAGGCAAGUACAGGCUGGGCAGCUUAUAUUCAUCACUCGGACCAGAGCUCUUCUCCUCACCCCCCACAACACCUUGGCGGACUCAAGAGGCUCGUUCCCUCGUCUGUGAAAGACAGGCAGAACAAAUGGUGCAACCCAAGAAGAAGUUUCGUGGAGUCAGGCAGCGCCACUGGGGCUCCUGGGUCUCUGAGAUCAGACACCCCCUCCUUAAAAGAAGGGUGUGGCUUGGUACCUUCGAAACCGCUGAAGAGGCUGCACGGGCCUACGACGAGGCCGCCGUUCUGAUGAGCGGCCGCAAUGCCAAGACCAACUUCCCCGUGCAGAGGAGCAGCACCGGCGAUCCUGCCCCAGCUGCAACCCGGGACGUUCGUGGCGGCAGCUCCUCCUCCUCUACGAGCAACCUGUCCCAGGUUCUCAGUGCCAAGCUUCGCAAGUGCUGCAAGGCGCCGUCUCCGUCCCUCACCUGCCUUCGCCUUGACACCGAGAAGUCCCACAUUGGCGUCUGGCAGAAGCGUGCAGGGGCCCGCGCCGACUCCAACUGGGUCAUGACCGUGGAGCUCAACAAAGGGGCCGGGCCAUCCGGCGAUGCGGUGGCAGCGCAGUCCACAGUGUCAGCAACCACGGCUUCUUCACCGGCGAGUACAAUGGAUGACGAGGAGAGGCUCACGCUGCAGAUGAUCGAGGAGCUGCUGAGCAGUAGCGGUCCAGCUUCGCCAUCGCAUGGAGAAGAAGGUAGCUUCGUCGUCUGAAAAAGCAUGGACGAAACAGCAUCGCAACGUCGCCAUCCGAGAUCAGGAUCCCGUAGACUGGUUGGUACGCAAGCAGUUCAGGUUGUUUCAGGAAGAUAGAUAUAUGUCUACUACUCGAUCCAAGUUACAAAAAGCAUAAGUUUGCAACUGUGUGCAGCUAUAUGUACUUAUAUUUGUUAUUACAUACACAGUCACCGUCAAGAUACUUUAUUAUAUACAUCAAUGUCAGUUAUGUAGUAUAUAUAAAGGAAAUAAAUAGAAUGUGGUUUUGUGUUA